AUGUCUGAACUUUUGACAACGCUGAAAAGCGAGUUCUCAAAACUUUGUGAUGAGGAUUCUAUUGAGCAGCCCUUAUUAAAACGAUGUCUUGAUGACACUCACGAAUUUAAAAUGAACCUGAAGAAACUUAAGGCUCACCUGAACAAACAAGUGCAGGAGGCUUCCACUGGUGAGCAUUCAGAAAAAUCUUCUAAGAAAAGACAGUUGAUAAUCGAUAAACUACAUAAAUCUCACAAACAGUGGGAACACAAUGUCCGAAAGCAAGGGAAACACGCAUUAUUACAGCAUAAUAAGUUUCACAAAGUUGUGUUGAACAAGAUGUACGACUUUGAGUUAGACCAAGUUUAUGUAAAUCAACUACCGGCUGAUGCAAAACAAUAUGUGGAACGUGCUAUUGGCGUUCACAUCUCGAGAUAUAGUAUGUGCACAGUUCCUGUGAAAGAUGGCACCGAGAUGGUCAACUAUUUAAGUGAGGUAUACGAUAUUGACCCCGUAGUGUCGUCGAAGUUUGUUGAAAUGGCUCAAAUUGUUAGAGAACUAAAAAAUGGUGAUCCAAAAGCUUGCAUGCAGUGGGCUGCUGACGGGUCCCUCUUAGAGUUCGAGCUUUACCUUCUUGAAGCUAUGAAUUCCUUGGAAAAAGGGGACAAGCUCAAAACGUACCGAUAUCUAUUAACGAAGAUACCCGAUUUCAUGGCAAAGACAAGGAAGCAUAAAUUGCGCCAUAAAGUUGCGCCCUUGCUAGCACAGUUGGUGGUUUCAUCAGAGAAUAAAUUUGACAUCAAAGAACAAUUAGAAAAAUGCGUGAAUUUGUUCACAAAAGACUAUUGUGCGCAAAAUCAUCUUUCAUUUAACUCCCCACUGUUUCUAAUUGUCUUGAGUGGUAUAAUUUCAUUCCAGUUCUUCAUAAAAUACAGAACUAUACGGGCAGUAAGUCAUGUAGAUUGGAGUACCGAGGACGAGCUUCCAUUUAAUGUAAAGUUACCAGAUUUUCUCACGAAGUUUCAUCCAAUUUUUAUUUGUCCGGUGCUUAAGGAAGAAACUACCAAGGAAAAUCCUCCUUUCGCACUACCAUGCCACCACAUCAUAUCAAAAUACAGCUUGGAUAAGUUAAGUAAGAACGGUACCUGCAAUUUCAAAUGUCCCUAUUGUCCCAUCAUGGCGUCAAGGUCCAGAACGAAAAGGGUAAAUUUUGUAAUUUUGUAG